AUGUCGGCCAAGAGGGCGGAACUGAAGAGAACAAACCCGAACAAGCACUACAAGACAGUUUGCCUGGAAUUGAAGGCAGAGCCGACCAAAACACAUGACUACAAAGGAGGUAAACAAGAAGGGCCGUCCACCAGGACAGGAGGGACACACGAGUUGAAGAAUGAACUCAGGGAGGUGAGGGAAGAGCUCAAGGAAAAAAUGGAGGAGAUAAAACAGAUAAAAGAUAUAAUGGACAAGGAUUUUGAUAAACUCAAGGAAUUCGUGGAAAUUAUGAAGGAUAUGCAGAAGGAGAUGGAUGCGAAAAUGGACGUCUUAAUAAACAUACAGAAAAACAAGUUUCCCCUUAGAAAAGGACCAAAGGAGCAGCAGGAAAUCAGGCUGAUGGAAAGGACUGAUGCAGACCCAUCAUUUAGCCUCUUUAUUUACACAUUUGGCUUGUAA